AUGGGCAUGUCAGAAGCCACAUCAGCAGAUGUUGAGGAGGAGGAAGAGGAAGAGGAGGAGGAGGAGGAGGAGGAGGAGGAGGAAGAAGAAGAAGAAGAGGAUGGUAGUGGUGGCUCGGGGGCGGGGGGCGAUCCAGGUUAGUUGACGUUGUGGGAGGCGCGCGAGGAAUGGGAGGAGAGACGAGGGUUGGUGCAGUCCGUGUGCCGCAGUCAGACUGGAGCGAUCCAAAAAGUCCAAUUGGCGUCCAGAAUGCUCGAUGACAUUGUGGACAUGUUGGAGAUGAUUGGGCGAUGGCGUUGUGAGGCGGCGGCGGAGACGAGGACGACAGUCGAGAUUUGCGUGUCCCGCGUUUGGACUUGGCGGCUGCGGUGAUGUGAUUGGCUCCGACGAUUGUUGAGUCUGUCUUCACUGCUCUCUUCCACGUUGGUCUGCCCCGGUCUGGGUAUUCCCAGUUUGCCAGGUUUAUCUACAGGCGCUUCAGAGGUAUUUUCAUUGUAUGCUCUUAGUGCCAAAGAAGAGUCUUUUGAGUGGCCUGUCGUCGUCCAUCCGUACUAGUUGGCCGCAUUGCAGGUAUGCUGAGGAUCUCCACCCAGUCCGCUACGUCCGUGUCUGGGAUCUCGUCCUGCCACCUCAAAAUCAAUACUUGUCGAAGACAGCUGAGAUGGAAAUGAUUGAGUCUACGUGCCUGCUUCAUGUACACAGUCCAGGUCUCCGCUCCAUGUAUCAACGUCGACAGGAUGACUGCCUUGUGUAUCUCUAG